ACUCCCAAAACGCCCGCGGUUCUCACCGCCCUCCCCCCUCUCUCCCUGUGGAAGGAACCAACUUCCCAUUUCUGACGACUGCUUCCAUCGGACACCGCUUUGCCGCUUUGCCGCAGCUCCUCCCCACCACUUUAAACUCCACCUCGCCCACCACGGCAGGGAGCUCAACGCCAUCAAAGUUGCCAGGCCGCUCGCGCGAACUAACUCGGUGAACUUUUAACGCGACGGCGGUGGUGGUGGUGGUGUUGUUGGUGUUGAGAGAAUCACCGCAACGGAGUUGGACUCGCCCAGUUCCCCCCCACCCACCCCUUCUCUGUGAUUCCCCCACGCCGCCGCGUCUCUGGGCCACGUGGUUUUAGAAUUCAACUUUUGUUUCGGAGCGAGGGGUGUAAAACAAAAAAACCCACGAACUUCAUUCUUCCCGGGGAUUUAAAGUCGGCGGGGAGGAUUUGACAACUGGGGUGUGUGUGUGUGUGUAUAUAUAUAUAGAAAACCAGGAAUUAAUUUCUCACGGAUAAUUUUCCGGGAUCGCUGCUCGGCUGCUGUUGGAGGGGAGGCACGCGGAGAGCAGAAUUAAACUAAACUCAACGUUUUAUUUGAGCAGAGCGUCGCAGCUGCUGUGCUUGAACGAUGGGCGAUGGCGCCGAAGCCGGGGGAUGGACGGAUCAGGCGGCGGAGGGCGACGAGGCGGAACUGCGGGAGGCGUGCGGCGUGUUCGGCUGCGUGGCCCAGGGCGAGUGGCCGAGCCAGUUGGACGUGGCUCACAUCAUCGCGCUGGGGCUGGUGGCGCUGCAGCACAGGGGUCAGGAGAGCGCCGGCAUCGUCACGAGCAACGGAGCGACCCAGCCGCGAUUCACGACACACAAGGGCAUGGGCCUGGUGAGCAGCGUGGUGCGGGAAGAGAACCUGGCCAAGCUGCGGCAGGGCAAUCUGGGCAUCGGCCACACGCGCUACUCCACCGCGGGACACUCGGAGCUGCUCAACUGCCAGCCGUUCGUGGUGGAGACGCUGCACGGCAAGAUCGCGGUCGCACACAACGGCGAGCUGGUCAACGCCGCCAAGCUGCGCCGCAAGGUUCUGCGUCACGGCGUGGGGUUGUCCAGCACCUCGGACAGCGAACUCAUCACUCAGCUGCUGGCGCUGACCCCGCCUGGAGAGGAGCCACAUGGGCCCGACUGGGUGGCGCGGAUCCGUAACCUGAUGGAGGAGACGCGUGCCGCAUACUCGCUGCUCGUGAUGCACGACGAUGUGAUCUACGCGGUGCGCGACCCCUACGGACUCCGGCCGCUCUGCCUGGGCCAACUCGUGCCCGCCUCGUGCAUGUCCUCCCCCGGUACCAACGUGGAGGGUGACACCGAGGGCUGGGUCGUCUCCUCCGAGUCCUGCAGCUUCCAGUCGAUCGGGGCCAGGUUUUACCAGGAGGUGCGUCCCGGCGAGAUGGUGGCGAUCGGCCGGGGCGGGGUGCGCUCAUUGGGCGUGGUUCCGCGCCCGCACGCCGACCCGCCGGCGUUCUGCAUCUUUGAGUACGUCUACUUCGCCCGGCCCGACUCGGUCUUCGAGGGCCAGAUGGUGUACACGGUGCGGCACCGCUGCGGACAGCGCCUGGCCACGGAGGCUCCGGUCGCCGCCGACCUGGUGAGCGCCGUGCCGGAAUCGGCCACGCCUGCCGCGCUGGGAUACGCCCAGGAGUCGGGGCUGCCGUACGUCGAGGUGCUGUGCAAGAACCGCUACGUGGGCCGCACCUUCAUCCAGCCCAACACGCGCCUGCGACAGCUCGGCGUCGCCAAGAAGUUCGGCGUGCUCGCCGAGAACUUUGCGGGCAAGCGCGUGGUGCUCAUCGACGACUCCAUCGUGCGCGGCAACACCAUCGCGCCCAUCAUCAAGCUGCUGCGGGAGGGCGGCGCCAGCGAGGUCCACGUGCGCGUCGCCUCGCCGCCCGUGCGACACCCGUGCUACAUGGGCAUCAACAUCCCGACGCGCGAGGAGCUCAUCGCCAACAAACCCCAGUUCAACUCCCUCGCCAGCCACCUCGAUGCCAACAGUGUGGAGUACCUGUCCGUGGCAGGGCUGCAGUGGGCCGUGCAGAAGGGCAUCAAGUACGGGGGCAACGUCCCGGCGACGGGCGUGCAGCCGGAGCCCGCCGACGAUCGCGGCCACGACGGCCGCGAAGGGGCCGACGGCUCGGCAGGCUCCGGCCACUGCACCGCCUGCCUGACGGGCACCUACCCCGUGGAACUCGAGUGGUGACCGCCGCCGCCGCCGCCGCGUUGGCGCCCCGGUUACGCCGCGAUGGUGGCGACGCCGCUGAAGUCGCCGCGAGCGUGCGGCCGUGGUAGCCUGCCGGGGGAGGGCAGCAGCCACGUGCCAGAGAAGGGGCUGUGGAGGCCUGACCCACCCACCCACCACCCACCCACCCCCGCAAAGCGAUGGACGAUGUUACGGAGAGACGCAGCAUGGUGUUCCGUUCCCCGAGGGGUGGGAGAGGCGUCGAUGCCACUCGAGAUUCAGAAGCCCAGCUGGUUGCUUGCCGCCUAGUCGCUUUCACUCCCCUCGAAUGUGACACUAAAUUUUGUUGUUUUGUAAUUUAGUGCCAACCAAAAAUGCAACUGGCGGGUAGGGAUGGCGCAGGGACUCGCAAGACGGCCCUUUGCAGCCUUCUGUCGAAGCUAAACGGUGAAACUAUCCUGAACGUAACUUUAUUGCAUCAUUCAAAUGUUGUCCUGCAUUGAACUUAAUGUUCCUCCGUGUUUGUGUUUAAUGAGGCGUAGGUCUUGACACCAGCCCACCCCACUCGCCUCUGUGCAGCCCGGCCACAGGAAGGCCUGGCUGUGGAUCUAGGAAAGUAAAGGCAGCUUCAUAACCUAUACAAAAACAAAACAAUUCUUGAGGAAUUUUUGAGAAAUUUAAAAGGAAAAAAGGUGCGCUUUAAACCAUGAUUACAUGUGAAUGCAGUGUUCACAAACAUCGAGGCAUCAUAUGCAACGACAACAAAUGCAGCCAUGUUGGACCAGGUUGAUGCGAUUACCACGUGGCCCAGUCGAAUCAAUUGGCGCAAUAUUGCUGCUCAUGCAAAAAGGCAACAAUGCCAGAGUAACAGUUGCUUCGAUUUGCGGACCGGAACGCAACUUUUAUUUCCCUUGGUGUUGCAUCCUUUUCUUAAAAACAAAACUCGAUGACACGGACAAAAAGCACACGGCAACAGCAUUUGGUGCUAGCAACGUUAUUGCAAGAGAAACAAAAAACUUGCACUGUUGAUAUUUGUACUUCAUCUCAAAAGGUAUCGCGCGUCAUUGAGACCUUGUUUACGUAAAUUGUAGCAAACCACUGGCGGAGUGUGGCACCAAACGUGAAUGUGGCAGUGCAACUCGAGAGCCCAGAUAAUGUUGCCCGAGACGAGUUGGCGCUGCCUGCCUUUGCCGCCGUCAAGUUGAUUUCUCGUCGUUCCUCGGAAUGCAAGCGUGACGACAGGUUUUGUCUUGUUGCGAAUGUGUUUUAAAAAAAAAGUUCAUUUUGUGACGACGGUUUUGUUUUUUGGUCAAUUUGAAUUAAAAGAUGUUAAAUUCUUUUGUCGCGA